AAUCCUUUACCAUCAUAGCAAUGUCAACAGCAACCGUACAACGUGGCUUAGCACCAGCGUCAAUCCUCCAAGGAGGUGUUGUCGACAGUGUACAACGUGCACUCAGCCAGCUCAAUGCUAAAGACACUCCUAUUGAGAAAUAUAUCUUCCUCAGUCAACUCAGAAGCACUGCCAAGGAUACUUUCUAUCGCCUCUUGAUUGACAACAUUAUUGACAUUUGUCCGUACGUCUACACACCAACCGUUGGGGCGGCAUGUCAACUCUACUCAAACAUCUACCGCAAACCGGAUGCUUUAUACCUCAGUUAUCAAGAUCGUGGCCAUCUCGCUGAGAUUAUGUCCAAUUGGCCACAAAAAGAUAUCAGAAUCGCAGUUGUCAGUGACGGUAGCCGCAUCCUAGGUCUCGGUGACUUGGGUAUAGGUGGUUGUCAAAUUUCUGUUGGAAAAUUGACCCUCUACGUUGGUGGUGCCGGUAUCAAACCCGAAGGCACCCUUCCAAUCAUCCUUGACAUGGGUACCAACAAUGAAGCACUCCUGAAUGAUCCUCUCUACCUCGGUCUCAAAAUGAAGAGAGUUUACGACGACGAAUUCAUGGAUGAGUUUUACACAGCUACCAGAACCGUAUUCAAGGACUGUCUUAUUCAAUUUGAAGACUUUUCUUCUGAAUCUGCAUUCAAGUACCUUGACAGAUACAGAUACAAGAAAAAUGCUGUAAUUAGCAACGACGGUACGCCAUACGGUGGUAAAUGCUUCAACGAUGAUAUCCAAGGAACUGGAGCUGUCAUACUUGCCGGUUUCAUCAAUGCCGUCAAAUUAGCUUCCGCUGCAUCAGGACGUUCUCUCUUCGAUCAACGUAUUGUCUUCUUCGGUGCAGGAAGUGCAGGUGUUGGUGUUGCCAUGCAACUCGUGGAAUUUUUCACAAGGAAUGGCUUUACUCUCGAAGAAGCUAAGCAGAAGUUCUACUUGGUUGAUAGUAAAGGUCUUGUCACCGACGAUCGUGGAGAUAAGCUCCCUGAACACAAGAAAGCACUUUCACGUAAGGCAGGUGGCCCACAAUACAGAACUCUCGAAGAGAUUGUUGAAAAUGUACGUCCUACGGCUCUUAUUGGACUGUCUACAGUUGGUGGAGCUUUCAACGAGAAGGUUGUCAGAAUGAUGGCUGAAUUUAAGACACGCCCAAUCAUUUUCCCAUUGUCUAAUCCAUCCCAUUUGUCAGAAUGCACAUUUGAGGAUGCCAUCAAGUGGACGAAUGGUAAGGUCAUCUUCGCGUCAGGUUCACCAUUCAAGGCAGUUACCUACAAUAGCAAAACAUAUGAAUCAAACCAAGGUAACAACUUCCUCAGUUUCCCUGGUAUUGGAUUAGGUUGCAUUUUAUCAAAAGCUAACGAAGUAAAUGACGAUAUGAUCUACGAAUCUGCGUUAGCAUUAUCAGAAUCAUUAGAUGAAACUGAAUCUGCUACCUUACUUUACCCACGUCUUCACAGGAUCAGAGACGUCUCCGCUACUAUCGCUACCAGAGUUGCUCAAGCGGCCGCCAAGACUGGCGUAGCGGAGAAUGAGAAACUCUAUGGAAUGUCAACUGAGCAGAUCCUCGAAUACAUCAAAUCAAAGCAAUACAAUCCAUCACCAUUCUAGAUAUCCCGAUGGAUAGCUAUUAACUUUUCUGUAAAAGUUUUUUUUUGGUCUUAUGUUCUUAUGUAUAAAUAUACGUUCUUCG